CAGGAAACACCCAGUGAGGACAUGGAAAAGGAAAAUGUAACGUUGCUGACAGAAUUUAUUCUCACAGGACUUACAUACCAACUAGAGUGGCAAAUCCCCCUGUUCCUGCUGUUCUUGGUGAUAUAUCUCAUCACCAUUAUGGGGAACCUUGGUUUGAUUGUUCUCAUAUGGAAUGACCCUCACCUUCAUAUACCCAUGUACUUAUUCCUUGGGAAUAUGGCCUUUGUGGAUGCCUGGGUAGCAUCCACAGUGACCCCCAAGAUGCUGGUCAACUUCUUUGCCAAGAGCAAAAUGAUCUCUUUCACUGAAUGCAAGAUACAAUUUUUUUCCUUGGCAAUCUGUGUAACCAUAGAAUGUUUUUUGCUGGCAACAAUGGCAUAUGAUCGCUAUGUGGCCAUAUGCAAACCACUACUAUAUUCAGUGAUCAUGACCAAUAGACUAUGCAUCUGGCUAUUAGUUUUGUCAUUUUUAGGUGGCCUUUUCCAUGCCAUAAUUCAUGAUGCCUUUUUAUUCAGAUUAACCUUCUGUAAUUCUAUCAUAGUACAUCACUUUUACUGUGAUAUUAUGCCACUGUUUAAGAUUUCCUGUACUGACCCUUCCAUUAAUAUUCUGAUGUUAUUUAUUUUCGCUGGGUCAAUACAGGUGCUCACCAUUUCCAUUGUUCUUGUCUCUUAUACACUUGUUCUCUUUACAAUUUUAAAAAAGAAGUCUGUACAAGGCAUAAGGAAGGCCUUCUCCACUUGUGGGGCCCACCUUCUAUCUGUCUCUUUAUACUAUGGGCCGCUUCUCUUCAUGUAUGUGCGCCCUAGAUCCGCACAAGGAGAUGAUGAAGAUAUGAUGGACUCUCUGUUUUACACUGUCAUAAUCCCUCUGUUAAAUCCAAUAAUCUACAGCCUGAGAAAUAAGAAAGUCAUAGAUUCACUGGCAAAAAUGUUAAAGAGAAAUGCUUAG